GGGCCCGGCACCCGCUGAAUUGGACGCGGCCGGUAGGUGUUAGGACUCGCAUCCUGGAGUUUUCACCCCUCCGGCUGGAACUUUGGCCACGUCUUUCUGCUGCGCCGACUCGGGUGAUGCCAAGCUGGUUAAUGAUCGCCAGGCAGAGGCGGCAGGCGGCGGCGCACCUGUGCCAGGGUCUUCACCGCCCCCACCCCGCCCUUAGGUGUUGGGACCCAAGUGCCUGUCUGCAACCAUCCCUCUGUUCAUGAAAAACAAAGAUGUUGCUGCAGAAGCGGUCACAGGUAGUGGCAAAACACUCGCUUUCAUCAUCCCCAUCCUGGAAAUUCUCCUGAGAAGGGAAGAGAAGUUAAAAAAGAGUCAGGUUGGCGCCAUAAUCAUCACACCCACGCGAGAGCUGGCUGUUCAGAUAGAUGAGGUCCUGUCGCAUUUCACGAAGCCCUUCCCACAGUUCAGCCAGAUUCUCUGGAUCGGAGGCAGGAAUCCUGGAGAGGAUGUUGCGAGGUUUAAGGAGCACGGUGGGAACAUCAUUGUGGCCACCCCAGGCCGCCUGGAGGACAUGUUCCGAAGGAAGGCAGAGGGCCUGGAUCUGGCCAGCUGCGUGAGGUCCCUGGAGGUCCUGGUGUUGGAUGAAGCGGACAGGCUUCUGGAUAUGGGGUUCGAGGCGAGCAUAAACACCAUCUUGGAGUUUUUGCCGAAGCAGAGGAGAACGGGCCUCUUCUCGGCCACUCAGACGCAAGAAGUGGAGAACCUGGUGAGAGCAGGCCUCCGGAACCCUGUGCGCAUCUCGGUGAAGGAGAAGGGCAUGGCGGCCAGCAGCACGCAGAAGACCCCCUCCCGCCUGGAGAACUACUACAUGGUAUGUAAGGCAGAUGAGAAAUUUAAUCAGCUGGUACAUUUUCUUCGAAAUCAUAAGCAGGAAAAACACCUGGUCUUCUUCAGCACGUGCGCCUGCGUGGAGUACUGUGGAAAGGCUCUGGAGGCCCUGGUGAAGGGCGUGAACAUAAUGUGCAUUCACGGAAAGAUGAAGUAUAAGCGCAAUAAGAUCUUCACGGAGUUCCGCAAAUUGCAAAGUGGGAUUUUAGUGUGCACGGACGUGAUGGCCCGAGGAAUAGAUAUUCCUGAAGUAAACUGGGUUUUGCAGUACGACCCUCCCAGCAAUGCCAGCGCCUUCGUGCAUCGCUGUGGCCGCACAGCCCGCAUCGGCCAUGGCGGCAGCGCGCUUGUGUUCCUCCUUCCCAUGGAAGAGUCGUACGUCAAUUUCCUUGCACUUAACCAGAAAUGCCCCCUGCAGGAGAUGAAAGUCCAGAAGAACACAGUAGACCUCCUUCCAAAGCUCAAGUCCAUGGCCCUGGCCGACAGAGCUGUGUUUGAAAAGGGCAUGAAAGCUUUUGUGUCGUACGUCCAGGCUUAUGCAAAGCAUGAGUGUAACCUCAUCUUCAGAUUAAAGGAUCUCGAUUUUGCAAGUCUUGCUCGAGGUUUUGCCCUGCUGAGGAUGCCCAAGAUGCCAGAGCUGAGAGGGAAGCAGUUUCCAGAUUUCGUGCCUGUGGACGUCAGUACAGACACCAUUCCAUUUAAAGAUAAAAUCAGAGAAAAGCAGAGGCAGAAGCUAUUGGAGCAACAAAGAAAAGAGAAAACAGAAAAUGAAGGGAGAAGAAAAUUCAUAAAAAAUAAAGCUUGGUCAAAGCAGAAGGCCAAAAAGGAAAAGAAGAAAAAACUGAAUGAAAAACGGAAAAGGAAAGAGGGUUCUGAUAUCGAAGAUGAGGACAUGGAAGAACUUCUUAAUGACACAAGGCUCUUGAAAAAGUUUAAAAAAGGCAAAAUUACUGAAGAAGAAUUCGAGAAGGGGCUGUUGACAAGUGGCAAAAGAUCAGUCAAGACAGCAGAUUUGGGGAUCUCAGAUUUGGAAGAUGACUGCUGAUUCCUGCCGCUCAGGUGAAAUGCACGAGAGCAACGGGAAUGCCAGGAGCUGCCCUGCGCUCGCAGAUAGCUCACGCCAUGCGUCUACUGAACAGAACUUCAGCAGACGUCCGGGAAGAACCACCUCUCCCAAAACUGUUGUUGCAGACGGGGGAGAUGUGAGGGGUUUCACGCUCAUGAAUAUUUUAUUAAAAA